GCGUUGCUAAGUUACCGUACAUCGACGCAAAAAGUAUAUUUUGCUUAAACUUGUGGGAAUCUUUUUGUUUUCUAUUCUGUGGUUGAGGUAUGCUUUAGUAAAUAAAUAUAUGAGAAUUCACUUUUUACAUGGUUUUUCAUGAUAUUUCAAAAAGGAUAGUGUUAAUUUUUGAAACGGUUGCCGUGGUUACCAUUGACAUGUAAUAUCCAUAAAGAGACGUACAUGAUAAACAAAUGAACCGAUCAACUAUUGGCCAAAAAUAUUUUGUUGGAUUGACAUGUUUACAGAUGACAUAACUGGUGAAAUGCGAGAACAGUCAGAAGCGACAUGUAGUGGAGAUGCUAGCAGAAGGUCUGAAAGAAGAGAUUUACAAGAACAGCCAGACGAAAGACCCUCGUCAAUCUAUUUGCAGCAUAGUGUUAUUCGUAGAGGUAGACGAUCAUCCGUCUCAAGUUUAGCGGGUUCUGGUAGUGAUCCAAAUACACCAGAUCCUGAUAUUGAAAAUUCUUUGGCCUAUACGUGUACAUCAAAAAGUAAAACUUUGAAAAGGACAAAGCGGGAUCUCCCCCCGGAUGAACCAAUUGGAGUUCAAGAACAAGUUACAGUAGGUGUAGAUCAUCCUGGACUAUUUCGAAACAAACUACUUACAGCUGCAGUGAAUAAUGCAGAAGAAAAAAAGCUGCUAAGAGAUCAUACACCUGAUAGUAUGAAAAUGAGUGAUUCAAAUUCCACAGUAAGCUCGGUAGAUAAUACAAGCAUGCCGGAUAUGGAAUCUUUUGACCAAGACAAUAUAGAAGAAAAAAACCUAUCAAUAGAUAACAGUAGACAAUCAACACCUGUCAAACAGCAAUCAUUUAUGGAAGAUAAAACUGUGAAAUCUGAGUCAUACCUAUUAACAAACAAUAUUCAACCAGAAGAUAACUAUCUACUCAGAGCUCAGUCUGCUCCAGUUGAAGUUGCUUCUAUAUGUACACAAACUGAAUGGAGUUGGAUAGAGGAUAUGCAGAAGCUUGAAGAAAUAAAAUCAGAAUUGAAACCCACCCAAAAGAUUGCAAAUGAUGCAGUUCUAAAUGAAAACACAGAAGAUAGUGAAAAAUUCUCAAAUAUCAAAAUGCAAGAAAAAAACAAAAUCAUCCUGGAUUCUGAACUUGAGGAUGAGUUGUUCAGACCUCCAACAGUAGAGUACAGUUCUAGUAGUUCCGAUGAAGAUGAUGAAAUCAAUACCUUUGAUAAAGAAUCGUUUUUACCAAGUAUUGGGCCACCUAAGAUUUUACAAUAUAUUAAAGAAUCGGUGAAUCCACCAUUUACCAACGAGUUUCCCGGUAAUGAGGCGGAGGAUGUCCGUUCUGACGAUACUAAAGGAGAUCAUUCAUGUGCAUACUGCAGGGCUGAAGUUUUGGAUAAAGUUGAUGUGGGACAACAUGUAUCUUUAGCAGAAGCUGCGAAGAUCGAAUGCCCUAUUUAUCACGAGCAUGUUAAACAACAAUCAGUCCAUAAAGAAGAAGAUGAUGGUUUUAUGAAAGAUGAACUUAUUGAUGUUCGACCACACCCACCAUUUGGAACAAAAGCUGCGAGAAAGGCAGCCAAAGAACGAGCUGCAGCAAGAGCAAGAGAAAGAGAGGUAGAAAGACAGAAAGUAUCUGGGACUUCUGUAAACUACUAUGCAAUGACUCGACAGAUGAAGACGUUGACAUAUUCUCUGGCCUCUUCCAAAUGUAUGGAUGAUGGUUGGACCGUGCGACCGCUAAGUCCUGUCGGAACUGAAUCUGGUAAUCAUUUGGAACCUUUUGAGAUCGAAAUUAAUUCCUCAAGGGCGCAGCGAAGGGAAACUUUUAUGGAAAGAUUUUAUCAGAACGGCAAUAGAUUAUUGGUUCUUUUCCCUGAUGGAACUGGCUGCUGUUAUUACCCAAGUGGUAAUCCAGCAGUUAUUAUAUCGUCCACAGAGAAGGGGAAAUACUCCUAUAUUCUUCAGGAGGAUACAGAUGAACACAGUCGUGAUAAUACUGGAGUAUUGGGAGUCUUUGAUCCGACUGGACAUGGUUCUUGUUAUUAUCAACAAAACGGGAAGCUUAGAAUGGUCCUGACUCCAUUUGGAGGAACGUUUUUUGACAUAAAAGGUGAAAAGAGAAAGAAGUGGUUCUGGUAUAAUAUUACUGGUAGUUACGUUCAUGCACCCCCAUUCCAACCAAUCACGUUUGCCUGGUCUAAAGAGUUAUCAUUACGAUGUAUGGGGCAGGAUUACAUAAUCAUAACAUUCAACCAUGGCCGUCACACUAUCCGUUUUAAUGUUGGCGCCAGAUUAAAGCCUGUUGUAAAAAAAGUGAAACUGCCAACGGAUGAGGAAUAUUACGAGAUUCAAUUAAAAGAAAUACGGAAGUUUGUCAAUUUGCUGAUUGAAAGAGUUCAGACGACUCUGCGAUUUCCACAUUCAAAUCGAAUUAAAAAACUUCCAAUGCCUGAAAGAAGGAGCAGUAAACCACUGCCGCCUACGGAGAGUAGAAUAUUUGAUACUUCCCCUGAUGAUAAAACUACUGUUGUAGUUAAUUGAACUUUACAUAAUUAUAGUUUUACAUGCUACAAUACUUUAUAUAUAUAUGUGUGUAAACAACACUAAUGAUAUAGUGUAUUUGUUUGUAAAUAGUGAUGUAAAUGCAUAUGUAUAUAUAAUGCUUGGAAAGUGCUAUUAAACAAUGAACUAUUA